AUGGCGCGGGACAAGCCGGAGGCGGCGGCCGAGGCGGAGGCGGCACCGGAGCUCUCGUACCGGGAGCAGCUCGACUUCCUGAACCCCAUCGCGCAGCCACUCGCGUCCCGCAAGCUCACGCGAAAGCUCCUCAAGUGCAUCAGGAAAGCGACCAAGCAGAAGCAGGUCCGCCGCGGUGUGAAGGAGGUGCAGAAGUUCAUUAACAAGGGCGAGAAGGGGAUCACGGUGCUGGCCGGAGACACGCUGCCCAUCGAUGUCUACUGCCACAUCCCCAUCAUGUGCGAGGACAGGAGCCUCCCAUACGCAUACGUCCCUUCCAAAACGGACCUGGGAGCUGCAGCUGGCUCCAAACGCCCGACCUGUGUGAUCAUGAUCAAGCCCCAUGAGGACUACCAGGAGGCCUACGACGAGUGCCUGGAGGAGGUGUCGGCCCUUCCCAUGCCGCUGUGAAGAGCCAGGGCCGGGCUGUGCCCUGCGGGGCUGUGGCGGGUCCCUGUCCCUUUGCCCGGGGACCACACGGCUGUUUCUGGGGACUCUGCCAAGAGGACUGAUGGGGGGAUGCUGAGCACUGUGGGGUGAAUAAAGGUGUCUGUGUUUUUGUA